AUGACGAGCAUUCUCGCUGGCCAUGCGGAUGACGUCCGUGUGGCGUUGGAUCAGCUCGUGAAGGUGGUGGAGACUGUCGUAGUCGCCAACACACUCGCGGAGAAGAAGGCGGCGGAGAUAGUGGCACGGCCCGUGAUGCGUGAGGCCCGCAGCAAGAUCAGCACACUCCGGGUGGAGGUGCGGCGCACACAGGACGCCGCUACACGCGCGCAGUACGAGAAGAUAUGCCACGACGCUGACGAGAAGGUCCGCGCCCUCGACGNGCACACAGGACGCCGCUACACGCGCGCAGUACGAGAAGAUAUGCCACGACGCUGA